CUUUUUCCUGAUUAGUGGUUACACGAAGUGGGAGUAGGGAUCGGUAGGGAUCGUUGUGGUGAAGAAAAUGUGAUAUGUGAAAGAAAAUAUAAACAACUUUGAAAUGUUUUAUAUGUGUUCUACCUCAUAUAGAUAACCAGCCGGUGUUUAAUGUUUGUGAUCUAAGAUAAAAGCAUACAAGAGGCUAUCAGUUAAUGAAGUAGCUGAACUUUGCCCAAAAUUAUCUACCAUAAAAAGCCAUGACUCUUGUACGAUUAAUGUGCAUGUUAUGUAGUUGAACAGAGCAUUUUUUAUUGUGAUAACAUCUUUUUCAGCAGCUGUUCACUAGCAAUAUGAUUAAGACUGUGAAUACAUUCAAGCUUCGCAAAUUUAUUAACGACAAAUUUGUAAAUUUAAACAAAAGUGCAUAUGUUUUUAUAAAUAGAUGUGAAAGUUCUUAUUCCUCAGAUGAACCUCCAAAGCCAGAACACCCUAUUAAACGGACAUUUAGGAUUCUGGGAAAUGACAUGAAAACUGCAAAAAACAAAGUAGAGUCUUUCGUUGAAAGAAUGCAGGGUAUACGUGAAUUAUCAAAUAAAAUUUUAAAAUCCCCAUAUCGAGAUGGUAUAUUCCCGGAGCACUGUGAUAUUGUCAUCAUUGGUGGAGGUGCAAUGGGCUCUUCUAUUGCCUAUUGGCUGAAGCAGAGAGCACCAAAUGCAAUUACAGUUACCGUCAUCGAAAAAGAUCCUUCGGUAAAUCAAAAUAUUUUAUCAUGGGGUCAGUAUGCUGAAGCAUCAACAUGUCUCUCAGUUGGUGGCCUCAGGCAACAGUUUUCAUUAGAGGAAAAUAUCAAGAUGUCGCUGUUUGGUGCAGAAUUCCUGCGUAACAUCAAUCAACAUCUGUCAGUUGAAGGACAUGAUCCACCAGAUGUACAGUUCACACCAUGUGGUUAUUUGUUCCUUGCAUCUGAGAAAGGGGCACAGCAAUUAGAAGAAAACGCAAAACUUCAAAAGAAACUUGGAGCCAAAAAUGAACUUCUAACCCCAGUCAAAUUGAAACAGAAAUUUCCUUGGAUCAACACUGAUGGUAUUGCCUUAGGUUGUCAUGGUCUGGAAAAUGAAGGAUGGUUUGAUCCUUGGUCCUUGUUGUAUGCUUUCAAGAGAAAAGCAUUAUCCCUAGGAGUUGAGUAUAUUGAUGGAGAAGCAAUUGGUUUUGAAUUCAAAAAGAUGCCAGAUUUAUUGAUGGAUGGAAUGGAACCUGGCAGCUAUGAAGGAGUUGACAAAGUUUUGGUGAGGACUGAAAGUGGAGAAAUACGCUCUGUUAAAUUUGGAAUUGUAAUCAUUGCAGCAGGACCCUACUCUGCAAAAGUUGCGAGAAUGGCCAGAAUUGGUACUGGUGAUGGCAUGCUAAGCAUUCCAUUGCCCGUGGAACCAAGGAAACGAUAUGUGUUCUGUAUUAACUGCAAGAAUGGACCAGGUCUCAACACUCCAUUAACAAUAGAUCCAUCAGGAACAUAUUUUAGACGAGAAGGUCUUGCAGGCAACUACAUAUGUGGCAGAUCUCCUCUUCCUGAAGAAGAACCUAGUGUAGACAACCUGGAUGUAGAUCAUGACUUCUUUGAUAAAAAUAUCUGGCCAGUCCUUGCAUCACGUGUGCCUGCAUUUGAAGCAGUUAAGGUGAAAAAUGCAUGGGGUGGUUACUAUGAAUACAACACAUAUGAUGAGAAUGGAAUUGUUGGUCCUCAUCCCUACUAUAUAAACAUGUACAUUGCAACAGGCUUCAGUGGCCAUGGAAUACAACAUGCACCAGCUGUUGGCAGGGGUGUCAUGGAAAUGAUUUUGGAUGGAGGUUUUGAGACCAUUGAUUUAACACGAAUGAGUUUUGAUAGACUUAUAAUGGAUAGACCUCUUAUAGAAGAAAAUAUUGUAUAGCAAAACUGUAACUGAUGCAUAAUUCAAGUAUUAGUAAAGAAAAGUUCACUAACAAUGUCUGUGCCCUUUUCUACUGUAACUUCCUUCAGUUUCACAUAUAGUAACCGCAUUAUCUUCAUUCAGAAUGCCCGUGGACUGAACAUGAAUAUAUUGCAGGCAAGUAGCUGUAAAUUGCUGGCCUGCUGUUAACUAGGUAAAUUCCCAGCAGGCAGUUAGCAGAUCAGUAUAUGUAUGGUGUCAUGCUAAAAUAUACACAGGAGGAUAGUGAUCGUAAGUUAUGUUAGAUACAUCACUUGAUACUGAUAAACCAGUACAAUAUGGUGACAUUGAGGAAAAAUAUUUGAUGUCAGUAUGGAUUCAAUGUAUUGAUAUUGCAUAACUUCUUGUGAUAGCAUAAAAAUACUUAAGUUUAUUCAGAGCUACAGAAGAACUGGCACUCUGUCCAUUGCAAAAUAUUUUGAGAGACAUUUGAGUUGGUUAUGAAAAAAAAAAAUGAAAUGUGCAAUACCCAUGACAGCUACAUGCAGUAUGCACUGUUUAAGGCUUAAUUUUAUUAGGUUCUUGAACAGUUUCAAAAAGUCCUAAAUGAUUCAAUAUCAUUACAAGCAUUUCUGAUGUUGAAAUAGAAUUCUGAAGCAUUUUAUGUCCUUACUCUUUUGGGGGGGGGGCGCACAGUCCCUCCAGGCAAAUGUUUGGAUAAUAGCUAGGGGGGUGGUCCACAGUCUCUUGAAGCAAAUGUUUGGACAACAGCUAUGUUUCCUUCAAAAUCUCCAAAUAUCAUAAUUCUUAGUCUGCUUUUUUUUAUAUACUAAUAUAUAACCUAUGCAGUUGACAAUGUCACUAGUGUAGUGUUAUGUGUAUAGUGCUUCGAACUGUGGUCUGCAUUGACCUUUUGGCCUCUGUCUACCUAGGCUUGAGUUUCUAAUGGUAUUUCCAUUCCCAAAAGUAUUAUCUUUUGUAGAGAUGAAGGUGAGCACAUAGAUCUGACUAUGUGAACCCUCUAAGCAAGAACCCAUUUUCUUAUUCUGAGACCACUGGGUCUUGUUAAUAAAUUAUGAAAUAAAGAAGUUACUGCCCACUGAAGGUUCCACAGGAUAAACCAAGGGGCUGCAAGAUACUGUAUUGAAUAUAAGAUGUCAAUACAAAUACAGUAUCUCAUACAAAGCAUGUUGUAACAGAACAUUUUCAAAUGUUUUCACUGUGUAUGUAUUAACAAUACAUAAAUUUAAAAGCAAAUUGAAACUGAA